AUGACGGAGGAGGAGAGUAGAGUUUUGCGAGUCGUGCGAUCGAAGACAUGCAAGAAAUGGCUACAUAUAUCUGCCAUAGUUUUUGGGUUUCUUAGCAUUGGCGGUUGUUUUGUACUGGCAAGCCUUACAUAUAUUCUUUUUGGGGAUUGCGAGGAUUGUACUCCAAAACCAAACGAUAAAGAAAUGGUGAAAAUCAUGCGGAUACUAGCGACUGUUUUAUUCCUUUUCGGAAUUCUACUUAUCGCUUUGUCACUGUGUUGUAAAGGUACAACGAACAGUUUAGCACCUCAAGUCGUCGUGUCGGAUAUUCCACCAGGGGAUUUAGAAAAAUCACCCGCUCCUAUCCUCGCUCAGACUCAUACUCCACACAGGCAAGCUUUUGUAGAGGAAGCAGCAACAAAUCCGCCAGAUUUUGUGGCAGCGCUGACAAUUAAUACCAAUGAAAUAGUUCCUAGAGGGAGUAGUAAUUCGUCAGUGAAUGAGGGAUUUUGGACAGAAGAAAUUGAAGAACUUGAUGGUCCUGUAACUCCUCCACCAAGCUACGAGGAAGCUUUGGUGAUGAGAUGGCCGAAUGUUGUAGUACAAGAACAUGGGUCACAAUCAGAAGACUCGAUACAUUCUGAGGACACAGGAUUAUGA